AUGUUAGACCAGCCCAGUAUCAGUACUCUGGCGCUCGGCUACGUGGAGUUGAUGACCAAAUACCGUGGUCAUGAAUGUAUCACAACAAUGGGACAGGAUGCAAACGGCACGGCCGAUCACAAAAGGGUCGCUAUCGCGAUCUCGCCUGCUUCUCCGGAACCAGUUGUGCGACUGGGAAACCUUCGGCAUCUAUGUCUUUCUGUUUGUACACCAAGACGUGAUGGAGUAUGGUCGGAUAUUGUCUCCGCGCUGGCACAAGCUCGACUCCCGAAGCUGGAGACCCUAGUCGCCGAUAAUGUUGAUCAAGACAGGGGGCCCCUUUUGAAGUUGAUCAAGAGCACGGCUUCGUCGCUGGUCUCUCUGGCUGUCAUAUUCCAGCAUAGUGGAGCCGCAUUGAUCCUUCCCGACAUGCCAUCCCUUACAACCCUAAGUCUCGGCCUUGAGUGGAGCCAGGACGACCCAAACAAUCUGGUCCUGCCUCUUGUCACAAUUUUCUCAGCCCCGACGACGCUCAAACGCAUCUUCUUCCACGUCAACCAGGACGUGUUCGAGUCAGAAGAAGAGGAAUUAGAGUCGGCGGAUUGGGAAGCGCUGGAUACCGCUAUGGUGGCGAUGCCGCGCCUGAGUCGAGUCGCCUUCGUUGUCACUCUGGGGUCCAGCGUCCGUCAUGGAGAACGGUCCAUGUUCUUCACCGCAUUGGAAUAUGGCGAAGAACGGGCAAGAGAGGGCGCAAACGAUGCAAUGCGGUAUCUUGAAGCGCACCUGCCCGCUUGCUUCGAGAAUGGAAUUGUUGAGGUGGAGAUAACGAGUGUUAGUAGGAAAUUUUGUGAUGACGCCUUUUUGGGCAGUGAUAUAGGUCCCAUAUUCUGGGAGGAAUGA